AUGGCAAUCAUGAGUGUUAUUAAAAAGCAUUUUAUUUGGACUUACAAAGGAUUCAUGACAAGAAAUAUUUGUUUUACAAAAACUGCGAGAUAUUUAAGUCAAGUCGCAGUUAGUAAAACUACAGUGAAUAAAACUGCACAAAUUGAUUUUUUGAAGACAGAACUUGGAAAUUCUAACAAUGCAUGGAACGAUUUGAAAAGUAGUGUUUUAAACAAGCCAGGUUCUAUAAAUCAGAAGAAUAUUGAUGCUGUUAUAUUAAAAAUUUUGGUUACUACAAAGAAAUUUGAUGCUGCUUUGUCAUUUGCAAAUCAUUUAAGAUCUUCGAAUGAAGAGUUAUCAUUAGGUGUUAUUAACGGUUUGCUACAUUUUUAUUAUGAGUAUGCUAAAGAGAAUGCUUUGACUGAAAAUGAAAGAGAUUUUAUUUUGAAUUCAUAUAAAUAUCUGUAUGACAAGUAUAAAAUAUUAGAUUAUUCCACAAAUGAGAAGCUUUUACAUGCUCUAUGCUCUAUAAAUGAAUGGAGAAAGUGUAUGAAAAUGUUAGAUGAUUUUCAUUUAAGUGGAACACCUAGUCACUCGGCAUUUAGCACAUUAAUAGGCACAUUAUUCCGGAACAAUAGAAAAGCUGAAGCUUUCAUUAUAAUAGAUAGGAGUGUGAAUAAUAGGAGGCCUCUACAAGAUUAUGCAUAUAAUGAAUGGAUUAAAUAUAUUUUGAGGAAAUACAAAGAUAAAAAAUUUUUGGCAAAAUAUUUAAAUGAGAUUUGUUUUCAUAUAUCAGAUAAUUGUGCAAUUGUGUCUGCUGUCACAGCACAAAGACUAAAAGAAUCAUUUGAGAUUUUAAAUUGGCAUGCAAAAUUUGCAGCAGUUCAAAAACAUAGUGGUGAAUGCACAGGGUGUAACAAAGCAUUAGAUUGUCUGAAACUGACAGAAGAAGAAUUUAGUAUAUUACAAAAUAAUGUUAAAGAAAAGUUGAUUGUUGGAUCUGAUUUGUUAUUAAAAUCCUCCCCAGAAGAAUUGAAAAGAUUUUUAGAUUUCAUGGAGAAGACUGCACCAUAUGAUAUUGUGUUAGAUGCAUUAAAUAUUGCAUUUACUGUGGGGGAGCCUUAUCAUAGAAUAAGAGUGUUAAAUUAUGUUGUAGACUAUUUUAAUUCACAAAAUAAGAAAUUAUUAUUACUUGGUAGAAAACACAUGUUAAGGUGGCAGAGAGGUGCAUUGUUAAAUAUAAUGAAAAAGACAGAGAAUUUCUUCAUUGAUGAUAUCUCCCAAGAUGAUCCAUACUUUAUAACAGCUGCUAUACUGAGCGGGUCAAAUACAGAUAUUGUAUCCAGAGAUCUACUCAGAGGGCAUAGGUUCUUACUGCAACAAGAUAAACUGCAAAGAGUGUUCCAAAGAUGGCAGUGGCAGCAUCAGUGGAUGGUGUUUGUGCCCAAAUAUAAACCUAUUAUUCAGGCUCCUUUAAAAUUUACACCUCUCGCACAACAAAGUAGUAACGGUUGGCAUCUUCCAUACCUCGCGGAGAACGCCUCUACUUCAGGUCAAGUCUCUGAUGGUGUCCACGACUGUGCAAGUUGGCUCUGUUUGAAAUCUAGC